GUGUAAAACUUCUGUUGCAUGGUCUUUGCUCCAACACCACAGUCAAAUCUUUGGAUUUGAAGGGAAAUAACCUGCGAACCAUGGGAGCUGAGGCUUUGGGAAAACUUCUUAGGGAGAACAAAUCCAUCAGGAGCCUAAUCUUGGAAUGGAACAGCCUUGGCAUGUGGGAGGAGGGCUUCUCCUUUUUCUGCCAAGGACUGGGAGCAAACAAGUUUCUCCAGCGGCUAGAUCUGCGCAAUAACCAGAUCAACCAUCAAGGGGCUGGAGAGCUGGCCGUGGCACUGAAGCAGAAUGUCAGCCUUCAGGAGCUCGAUUUACGCUGGAAUAACAUUGGGCUUCUGGGUGGCCGAGCUUUGCUGAACUGCCUGCACAGCAACAAGACCUUGAAGAGACUGGAGCUGGCUGGGAACAAUGUUCCUAGUGACAUCCUGAAAGCUGUGGAACAAGCCAUGGAUCACAACCAAGACCGUCAGACUAUCCUGAGGGAGACCCAGAACCGAACACACAUACUCAACAAGGAGGUUUUGAGUCUGAAGGAUGAGAAGACCAAGCAGUUCUUGGAUUUGAUGGACACUAUAGACAAGCAGAGAGAAGAAAUAGUCAGGAGUGACAGGGUGUCUGCAGCACGAGUCAGCCAGCUGCAGGAAGCGUUGGAUGAACAGCACUCUAUUAUGAGUUCACUGAAAGCCAAGCUGCAGAUGACUGAAGCUGCCCUGGCUCUGUCUGAGCAGAAGGUGCACAACUUGGGAGAGCUACUGAAUGCUGCAAAACAGGAGCAAACCAGCAUGGCUGAGUGCCACUUUAUGGAGCUCCAGCAGCAAAAGCAGGAAGGUGUUGAUCGGGAAGGCAAACUUUUGCGUGACUUGUCUGCUGCCAGUGAGAAAAAUCUGCUUCUAAGAAACCAGGUGGAUGAGUUGGAGAAGAAGUGCAAAGUGCAGCAGGAUCAGCUAUUCCAGUUAAAACAAGACCUGACCAACACAACUGCAGAGCUGAAGCUGCGGGCUGUCCAGGCUGAGGAACGCCUGGAAACGGAGAAGAGAAGAUUUAAACAAAGCCUUGAAGACAUGGAAUCCCUUCGAGUAAAAGAGGUGGAUCGUAUGACACAGCACAUUGGGGCCAGUGAACGUUCCAUGCAGGACCGGAUCCAGAGGCUGGAGGCCAUGAGGAUAGCUCUGGAGGAGGAGCUGAGCCACGUCAAAGCAGCUGCACUCACUGAGCGAGGCCAGGCAGAGGAGGAAUUAAUAAAAGUUCGGAAUCAGGCACGGUUGGAGGAGCAGCAACGACUAGAACACUUAGAAGAGAAGCUGCGGCUGAUGACUGAGUCACGAGAUGAAGCUCAGACCUGCUGCCUUAAGCAAAAACAAAUGGUUGCUGAGGCCCAAGCCAAAGCAAAUCAGUUGACCCUGCAUGCUGAUGGACUCAGAAGGCGGCUAGAGGAACUUCAGCAGGACCUGAACAGUAAAGAAGAGGAGAAAGUGACAGAGGUGAAUAAAGUGAAAGUGGAAUUACAGGAGCAGAUCGGACACCUGCAGGCUGAACGCACAGCACAAGAAGGGCUGAGAGAGAAGAUUGCAGCCCUGGAGAGACAGCUGAAAGCCCUAUCAAGUAAUCACCGCGAGGCACUGCUGGACAAAGAAGGUGAAAUCUCCAUGCUGCUGGAGAAGCUAAGAAUGAGAGAGGCAGACAUCUCGAGGAUGAGGGAAGAAGAGGCCCAGCGAGCAAGUUUCUUGCAGAAGGCCAUCAUGGCAUAUGUGCAAGGCUCCCCCUUGGGGACACACAGUUCUAGAAAAUGAGAGCAUGGCUUAAAGAGUCCAGAUACCUGCUGUCAGGAUGAGGGUCAGCAACUCAGGUGCAGCCCC